AUGUUUCGACAGGAUGAGUUAGUUUGGUUUGGCAUGUUUCCCUUUUGUUGCUUGAUUAUUUUUUGGUUUUCAAUCUGUUUCACUCUACUCAAGCGAGUGAUUAACGGCCGAUAUCGUCGUCAUUAUGCCUUGCACGCCAUUGAAUCACUUGUGAAGCUCACACCCACCACCCCGAUCAAUGCGUCUCCAACAAAGAAGAUGACGAACCCCAAACUAAAAGACACCCCCGUCAAACCAGAGGAUAGUUUCGUCAGGCCUCGACAUAACGGGUCCGAGACGCCGGGCCCGAGCCCCGAUGCCCUGCGAGAGCCAGCUUUUCCCUACCCCAAACUACCCACCAAAGUUAAGCAUGUCGAUAUUUCAACCUCGCUUCGGGUGGCCACCCGGGCUGUAAUUCGGCGCGCUGUUGUUGUUGUGGGCGGCGAGUUCGCGCGCUCACCGCGGAUGCAAUACCACGCAACCAGCCUUGCCCAAAGCGGGCUUUUUGACGAGAUCGUGUUGUUGGGCUUGGAGUGUGGAAAUCAACUCAGUGAGGCGCUGCGCAGGUGUGAUCAGGCCACACCAUGCGUCUUUCCGGCGACCGAUGACCCGGAUGCGAUUUCCCAGGCGGUGCGAAGCCAACUUCAGCCCUACCCCACCCCCGGCCUCGCCGAGGAGGCCGAGGAGGGCUCGGGCGGCGACGAUGAUCGAUGGAAAAAUGGGCAAUCCCAGCAGGGUGGAGGGUUCAAGCCGCGUAAGUGGGGUUGCUUUAUAUCCUCUCACUACCUCAUUUCCCCACCCCAGCCUCCUGAAUUUUUUCAGUUUAUAUUCCCCCUACGAAGCCUCCACUGGGUGGCUUGCACUCUCUACCGCAUUAUCGUCUUCACGCUGAAGUAUUCCUCUGCGCUGGUUCGUACCACCGCAAUCCAGGUUAACGCACACGGGCAGCUGGUCGUGGCGAAUGUUAUUUUUGUCCAAACCCCACCCGCGAUUCCUUUUGUUCCGCUUAUUAAGUACAUCGUGCGUCCCGUCGUGAUGGUGUACAACUUUCUGUUGUAUUACUGCAUUGUUGUCCCCGCGUCCUGGUCCAACCCCGGCGCGUUGAAGGAAAUUUGUGCGUACUGCAGUUUACACACCCGCCUUCGCGCCUUUUGGCCCGCUCUUGUGGUGGAUUGGCAUAACUACGGCUAUACUAUCCUCGAAUCCGCUCACCGAGGACGCAUGGCCUGUGCGGUUUAUAAAUGGCUCGAACUCCACAUUUGUGCGGGGGAUCUGAAUGUUACUGUAAGCCAUGCCAUGAGACGGUCGCUUCUGAGCCAUAUUCCCCAUAUCCCCUCCGAGGCGAAAGAUUCCAAAAAGAAAAUCGUUGAUAGGGAUAAAAGAGCGGUACGGAGUCCUACUCUUAAACGCGGUAUGGAAAGCGCCCUUGAAAAUCAAGACCACCAUCGACCACCUUCAUCGUCCGUGGAAGGGAACGUUCUGGUUUUAUAUGACGUGGCCCCAAGUUUCUUUGCGCCUUCUAAUCGCCGCAUCUUUCUGGAAGAGGUGCUUUUGCGAACAGCGAUCCCGCAGAAUUUCUCAGCGCCGCCGAUUCGUACGAGUUUGGCAAAAUGUAUAAGUUCAUCUAUAUCCAAUACAUCCUUCUUUUCAGAAAAGGAUCUAGGUUUAAGCGGUGGCAAGGAAAAAGACACCGCACAGAAGGAGGAGGUGGACUCGGUAAUUCGAGAUGUAGAUAAAGAUGUCUGGGGCAUCGCACCACCACCGGCAUGGGUCCUAAACAGUGCUUUUUUGUCGAAUGGCGACGACGAUACCCUCCUGCAUGGGUGCAGGAGUGAUUAUGUUAUUGGUUAUCCUUCUCCCACACCAGUCGGCAUGUCCCUCCCGCACCCAUCUCCAGAGCCGUCCAUCAAGGCCCAUCAGCAAAGAGGUAUUAUUAUUAUUGCCUCCACGAGCUGGACUGAGGAUGAUGACUAUACCAUACUGAUCGAAGCCCUUCAGCGACUUGAUCAUCGUAUGCUUCAUGCAUGUAAAUAUAUCCACGCUACGGCGGAGCACCAUGAGGGCUCUGUUGGUACUCCAUCUCGGCGAAAUGCACCUGAAGUCGCAUUGAUGGAAGGCUGUUCGCAAAGAUAUCCUUUGAAUCAGCCUGAAAAUCUGUAUGGCCAAAGCGAAAGCCAAAAACAGGUUUUCGAGCGUAAUCCUGUAGCUGAUCCUAACUUGGAGAGGGCAUCCUGCUCAUUUCAUCCAUUUUCUCAAAUAUGGAUCCUCAUCACUGGGAAAGGCUCAACGAGAGGUCGAUUUGAGGAUGCUGUGCGAGCUGCGAACCUUUCGAAGCAUAUUACCGUAUCGACGUGCUAUUUUCAGUCCUACAAGCACUACAGCAUUGCACUGGGGGCCGCAGACAUUGGUCUCUGUCUUCACUUUUCAUCCAGUAUGCUUGAUUUACCUAUGAAGGGGGUUGACAUGAUUGGCUGCGGGCUUCCCGUGGUGGCGUUAGCCUACCCUGCCAUUAGCGAGCUUAUGGGGCAGGCUGUCGUGCUCAGUGAGACUUCUUUAGCCGAGAAGCGGGUGCUCACGCCGGUCUCGAAAAACGGCCGAAACUUAGACCCUGUGAAGGGUACAACUGAUAUGGGUGGAUUACUAGAGUGUGAGAGAGGUUGGAUUUUCUCAUCGGCUGCCGACUUGGAGGUUUUGUUGAGCUUCUUUGUUGGUUUGGACAAACUUAGGAAUGACAUGCCAUUGGAGUUAAAGACUGCAAUGAAUGCUGUAAUGAGCAAUCGGAUGUUUGCAACGAAAACUGCCAAAUUAACUCCUCUGGUCGAAAUGCAGCGGCGCGUUCGUGCAGCUGCUGCGCAGCGUCCGACAUGGGAAGAUAACUGGAAUCAAACUCUUGGCAAUGUUAUCAGUGAAUUUUUUUGA